GUAAAUGGUGAGAAAACUAAGCCUGGAUGGGGGAUUAUAGAAGAAGGGGGUGGGGAGCAUCCAUGAUCUGUCAGAGCUCAGUACCACAAUUAUCCCAGCGGCUGCAGCAGCAGCGACAGAAGCAGCAGCAAUGGUGGUGGUGGUGGCAGAGGCUGCAUUUUCAUUAGUGUAAUGUCCAGAGAAGCUCCAGAAUUAUGUAAGAGUGACGUGCUGUCAUCCCCUCUCGGCCAGCCCACCGCCUGGCAGGAACGUGGUCGUUUGUUUUCCUUUUAUCCUCCCUCCUCUCAGAAAAGCCAAAAGGACAUCUGUCAGAGUCAGCAGCGGCGGUCGGGAGACUUGUAGUAGCCACGCCAUCGGGAACCUUGCCGCUCCGGGAGUUUGGUCCAUGCUCCGUUGUCAUGGAGAAGCGCUGAGGCAAAAAGAGCGAACAAGUUUGUGGACGUCGGUGAAGCAGAAGGAGAUGAUUCGGAGAUGCUGAAUCUGCUCCUGGUGUUUGUCGUGAGACAGUCCAGCUCUGUGUGACGCUAUUUAAGGAGAGCAAGAAGAUGAAGUUUAAGAAGUUUAUCACAAUCAUGCAGGCAGCGAUGGGGAUCGUACCCCUGAACAAACGGGAGCUUCUGCCCCCCGGCAGGAAGCUGUGGAGACCCCCGGGGGACCAGCCUGGCUCUGACCAGACCAGCACUGACCUGCUCAAGUCCAGCCGCAAGUUCUACUGGUCCAGAGAAGCCCAGUACUUGUAUCUGCGCCGCCUCUCUUCACGGAGCUAUUCGGCUAUUAUGAUGAACCCGGUCAUGGAGGAGACCGUGUGGGAGCAGUACACCGUGACCCUGCAGAGGGAUCCAAAGAUGGGCUUUGGCAUUGCAGUGUCAGGAGGGCGGGACAACCCCAACGAGGACAGCGGAGAGACGUCCAUCGUGGUGUCCGACGUCCUGCAGGGAGGUCCAGCUGACGGGUUGUUGUUUGAGAAUGACCGAGUGAUCCAGGUGAACGCCAUCCCCAUGGAGGGAGCCAUGCACUCCUUCGCCGUCUCCACACUCAGAAAAUGUGGCAAAGUCGCAAAAAUUACAGUGAAGAGGCCCAGGAAGGUUCCAGUCAAUCUCCUGAACCGCCCAGCUUCGCCCGACGACAGAGUCUUCAACAACGACUACAACGAUGACUACAACUACGAUCAGGACCGCCGCAGCGUCUACAGCGGCCGGAGUGGCGGCCGGGACCACAGCCUGGAGCGAGGCGGCGGCGGCGGCGGCUACAUGGACUCUGGCUACCACACACGUGAGCGCGAAUAUGAUAGGGACUAUGACCGGCGGGAACGUGGCCGGAGCACGGAGCGAGACCUGAGCCCGGAACGGCAGUACCGCAGGGACGACAGCCGAGGUCGCGCUCUGGACCGAGAGCGAAGCCCUGACCGCCACUACAAGAUGCCGGCCCAUGCCUAUAGCCCGGACAGGAGGUACCGCAGCGAGCGCGCCUUGGACCGAGACCACAGUCCGGAUCGGCGCUACCGCAGCGAGCGAGCCCUGGACCGGGACUACAGCCCUGACAGACGCUACCGCAGCGAGCGAAUGCUGGACCGGACCAACAGCCCCGACCUGCGCUACGGUAGAGACCACAGCUUCGAACGGGGUCGAGUCCACAGUGACCCGAGGAAGUACGAGGAGCCGAUGAAGAGAAGCGGCAGCAGGGACCGACUGGACCGAACGCCGUCACCUGCUGCCGCACCGAUUCCUCUUCCUCGACCCGCCAGAGACCUGGAGCCGCUGGAGAAACCUCUGAAUGUGCUGCUGCUGAAGAACCGACCCAACGAAGAGUAUGGUCUUCGUCUGGGCAGCCAGCUCUUCAUCAAAGAGAUGACCAGCACUGGACUGGCCAGCAGAGAUGGAAACCUGCAGGAAGGAGACAUCAUACUGAAGAUUAACGGCACGGCGACAGAAAACCUGUCCCUGACCGAUGCCGGGAAGCUGAUCGAGAAGUCUCGCGGGAAGCUGCAGCUGGUGGUGCAGAGAGACCGGCGGCAGGUUCUGAUACGAGUCCCGCCGAUGGUCGACAGCGACUCGGAGCUCGAUGAUAUCUCAGAGAUCGAGUCGUAUCGAUCCUACUCUCCACAGGACGACAGACGAGGACACCACUCCGACCUCUCCUCACACUCCUCCAAUGAAAGGCUCAGAGACAAACCCAGAGAGGACCCGCCGAAUAGAAUGGCAAAAAUGGGCGCCAUGCCGACACCGUUUAGAGGCGCUGACAGAGGCGCUGACAGAGGCGUUGAGGACACGCCCCCUUCACAGGCAGAGAGGGAGGAGCCACGAUCAGAGACGCCACCAGCCGUCACCGUAGCGCCGAAGGUUCACGCUCCUCCGAAGGUACCUCUAAAGCCGAGCAUAGAAGACCAGGAAGUAUACGGGCCGAACACGAUGAUGGUUCGCUUCCAGAAAGGCGACAGCGUCGGUCUGAGGCUGGCCGGAGGAAACGACGUCGGCAUCUUCAUCGCCGGAGUUCAGGAGGACAGUGCAGCUGAGCAGGAGGGUCUGCACACCGGAGACCAGAUCAUGAAGGUAAACAACAUGGACUUCAGAGGGAUGGUGCGUGAAGAUGCCGUCCUCUACCUGCUGGAGAUCCCCAAAGGAGAAGAUGUGACCAUUCUGGCCCAAAGCAAACCUGAAGUGUACAAGGACAUUUUAGCGUCCGGCCGAGGCGACUCCUUCUUCAUCAGAACUCACUUUGAGUUUGAGAAAGAGGCUCCGCAGAGUCUUCCUUUCGCCAGAGGGGAGAUCUUCAAAGUGACCGACACACUUUAUGACGGCAAACUGGGCAACUGGCUGGCGAUCCGCACCGACAAAGACAACCAGCUGCUGGAGAAAGGAAUCAUCCCCAACAAGAGCAGAGCAGAACAAAUGGCGAACGUCCAGAACGCUGCUCGGGCCGCAUCGGGCAACGACCGAGGAGACUUCUGGAGGCUUCGAGGUCAAAGAGCAGCAAAGAAAAAAGACCUUCGAAAGAGCCGAGAGGACCUGAGCGCCGCUCCGGUCACCACUCGGUUCCCCGCCUACGAGAGGGUGGUGUUACGAGAAGCUGGUUUUAAGAGGCCUGUGGUGAUAUUUGGGCCCAUUUCUGAUGCAGUGAACGACAAACUGGCCAACGACAUUCCCAACGAUUUCGUCGUCGCCAAAACUGAACCCAAAGAUGCAGGAAGUGAGAAAUCCUCUGGAGUGGUGAGACUAAACACCAUCCGGCAGAUCAUAGAACAGGACCGUCACGCUCUGCUGGACGUGACUCCUAAAGCCGUGGACACCCUGAACUACACCCAGUGGUACCCCAUCGUCAUCUUCCUCAACCCUGACAGCAAGCAGGGCGUCAAGACCAUGAGGAGCCGCCUGAUGCCGGGAUCCAACCGCAGCGCCAGGAAGCUGUACGAGCAGGCGGUGAAGCUGAGGAAGACCUGCUCACAUCUGUUCACUGCGACCAUCGACCUGAACUCAGCCAAUGACGCCUGGUACGGCAGCGUGAAAGAUUCGAUUCAGGAGCAGCAGGACCGAGCUGUGUGGGUCUGUGAGGGCAAGUUGGAUGGUUCGGAGGAAGACCUGGAUCUCCAUGACGACCGCAUGUCCUACCUGUCAGCGAUGAGCGCUGACUACCUGAGCAUGGACAGCCGUCUGACCAGCGACUACGACGACACGGCGGACGAGGGCGGAGCUUACACCGACAACGAGCUGGACGAGGCGCUGGACGAACCUCAGCCUGUUUCAGCCAUCAGCCGAUCAUCAGAGCCGGUUCUACCAGACGACAGGCCUCAGCCUGAACCUCGGGGUCGUAUGAGGAGGUCAGGCAGCAGAGAGAUGCUGCACAGAGAACCCAGUCCCCCCCCUUCCUUUGUCCCUGAACCCCCAAAGGUUCGCGCUCAGACUCGGACCGACUCGACACGAAGCUACGAGUCGCACUCCAGCAGCACCAUCAGCAGCAGCGACGCAGCCGGAAACAAACCUCCACCUCCACCGGUGGCCAUGAAGCCAAACAUCGCCCGGCUGAACCAGUCGUCAGAGGAGCAGAGUCCAGGGAGGGAGGAGGAGGAUCCGUCCAACAAGUCCUUCCUGGGAAAGAAAACGGGUGACCAGAUUAAAGCGUUUGAGAAGAUGGACCAUCUGGCCCGAGCUCAGAGGCUGCUGGAGCUGCAGGAGGCUGAAAACGCUCGACUGGAAAUCGCCCAGAAGCAUCCUGACAUUUACGCCGUCCCAGUGAAGAUGCCAAAGCCCAACCUGAACCGUCCUCAGCCAAUAGGUUCCAGCUCCAACCCGGAGCCUCAGACUCCGUCCAGACCUUCAUACUCGGAGUCGAGGAGCCACGAGGACGACGAGGCCGAGUACCGGAGGCAGCUGGCCGACCAGACCAAGAGAGGAUACUACAACCCCCAGAAGUACAAAGACACCGAGCUGUAGGCCGGGGAAACAGGAAGCAGCGUUGUCGCCACCUGUUGCCAUGGUAACGGCUUCAGCAGCUUCACCUUGACUCUCAGAACUCUUAUCUGUUCCCAUCCGUGGAUCCGGGCCACAAAAACCACCUGUCCUGAACAAAAAACUUCUUCUUCACACAGCUGAUGUUUCACUGUAAAUAUUCAGUUUGAUUUUCCUCCGUUCCACCAGACUUUAGCUUCUGCCUCUUAUAUCAACAUUACAGUCGGUCAAAGAGCCUUUUUUGUAAAGAGAAAUACUUAUUUUUGGAGAUAUUUCCAGACUUUUCUAACCAUUUGGAUAAAAAAUAACUAGUUUUACGUCGUUUGUUUCCUCUCCAGGUAGCUCAGGAUGUUUACUUAAUGAGGUUGUAGACAGAAUAAAUGUGAAGAAUUCUGUAUAUAAACAAAUCUAAAGCAUUUUUCAGACGUGUAGCUGUGUUCUAACAGUCUGACAAAGAUCAUAUUUAUGUUACUGAUCCUCGUAGCUUCAUGCUUAAGUGCACAAAUGACCUAAAAUACUAAAUCUGAACUAAUAGCAGCUUCUCAGACUGUCAGUUCAGUAACAAAGCAGUUCAAUAGUGAUUUUAUAAACACUGAAACUUCACUUUAUAUGUGACGUUAAUCUAAAUACUACUUAAACACAAAUAUAAAGCUCACCAGCAUGAUGUAAAGAAAGCUGCACCGUCUGACCUGCUGUUAGAACCUGAUCAGUGCCGUCUCCAUUUUAGGGAUAAUUUAGUCUUAACCUUCACUUCCUGUUAACGUUUUAUCAAAAAUUCAUCAUUGGUGAGUCUCAUUUAAUCAGACCUGCUACAGAUUCUGUCGUAAACACUGAAAAUCUCGAUAUUUUUCUGCUCAUAAUAGAUGUUAAAUUGUAGGGAAAGUGAAUGAAGAAGAUGUUUUGUGAGUUUCUUCUGCUUUGAGCGAUGUUUUUGGACCAAUAUUGGAGCUAAAAUGUGGUGAAAACACUUCAUGCAGCCCGAUUUACGUCUAUUGUGGUGCUAUAUUUGUAAGAUUGAUUCAUUUGGUCCAGUUUAAUGAGAUGCACUCGUGACUUUAGCAGUAAAGUAACCGAGGAGCUCAUUAAGAUACGAAGCUGAGACGUUUAGAUGCAGUCAGAUUAACAGAGAACAGUGCAUGUCUGAAAGAAUCAUAAUCAAUAAUAAUCAAGGAGGAAAUCUCUAAAUCCUGUCCAGCUGUUAUCUGCAAUCAGUGCAGGUUCAACGUCACGGAUUCUCAAAGCUCCGGAGGUCUUCAAUUUUCUAAAAAACAGAUUUUCUCCUCUGUUUCCAGACUGUAAUGUUUAAUAAAUGAGGCAGAAACUGAAUCCAGUCACUACUGUAGCCUCUGUACAGUACCUGCACUGACAGGUUUUUAUAAAAGUCGCUUUUUGUGCGUCCAGAAUGACGUAGAACAGCAUGUCUGUGUGUUUCAGACAGGUGCAUUCUGGGAAGCAGCAGCAGAUCUUUAAGUGCCUUGUAGCUUCUAUAAAUAUAAAAACCUUCUGAAGCUGUUAAAACAUUAGAAGUCGAGUGCAAAACGUGGUGUGUUUUUGUAAAAUCGACCAAACAGGAGAACUUUGUGACUAAAGUUAAAGAAUACAAGCCGUGGAUUUAAACUGGAAACCUCCUACUGUGCUGUUGUUUUUUUUCCCUUUUUUUGGUCUCUUUGUUGAUGCAGACGAGCCUCGCCUUCACUAGAAAGAAACACGACGACGAGAACAUCUUUAUCUGAUAUUUAAAAGUUAAAAGAUCACAAAAAAGUUCUUUUCAUGUUUUUGGUGAAUGCUGGAACAAAGCGACCUGUAAAAGAAAGUUUAUCCAGAAGCGGUGAAAUGUUUUUGUCUUGUUCAGCAGCAGCUCGCUAACGGAGACGAUCACCUUUUUAUUGUUUUUAUAUCGAACUUCCGCCCGACUCCUUCACGUCUUUGUACACGAGUCCUGGGAAAUGUGGUGACAAUCAUCUUAUCAGUGUGAAGAUCUGUUUUAGCUGUGAGUCUCUCUCUUUUUGUUUGUUUGUCUUCUCCUGAGUGUUACACAGCCUCUUGGGAAAAAACUAAGAAAUAAAUCUCUUUUUUACACUGUG